AUGUUCUGGGGCGGUAUGACGGCUGCCGACUUUGUCUGCGUCUCCCGGACUGGAAGUACUCGCGGACAGGGGUCGCUGACUGCUCGCCGCUAUGUCACAGAGAUCCUGGAAGUGCAUGUGGUAUCCUUUGCCGAAUCUUUUGGCGAGGGGUUCACAUUAAUGCACGACAACGCCCGCGCUCACACUGCAGCUAUCGUUCGAUCUCGGGAUCCAGCUGCUUCGACUCUACAGGAGCUCCAAGACGCGGUGAUUAAAGAAUGGGGGCUUAUCCCUCAAGAAGACCUCCUGAAGUUGGUCAGGUCCAUGAGGGAUCGUAUGAAAGCUCUUAUCAUGGCUAGGGGAGUGGGUCGACGUUGUUCAGUUAAGCGCCUCUCGCGACGCAAGGUGGUUGCGAUGAUACUAGCAGUUGCUACGAUUAUAGCGGUGUCUGCCGCAGUUUGGCUUUCCCAUGGAUUUCUUACUACCUUUACAGUUUCUCUAUUACUUGCUGUGCUAUAUGGUUUAGUGUUCCAUCCGAGAUGGUGUUAUGUAGCCCUCAAGACUUCUCCGAGAGAUCUGAGGGCAUUGAUAUCCUACAUUCAGAUAUUAUGGAUUGCCCGUAAAUUUUCCAAAAGAGAUUGGACUUUACCUGAUAUUUUCCAUGAUGUUGUGCAAAGACAUCCAGAUAAAGCAUGUUUUAUGUUUCAAGAUGAAGUAUGGACUUUCAAAGAGGUUGAAGACUUCAGUUUGAGAAUGACAGCCAUAAUGAAAGCCCAAGGUGUCAAAAAAGGUGACAUAGUGGGUAUAUUUGUUACCAAUUGUCCUCAAUUACCAGCCAUGUGGAUGGGUAAUGCUCGACUAGGUGCCAUCACACCACUCAUCAACACUAAUCAAAGGGGAAAUGCAUUGUUACACUCAAUUAAUGUAGCCAAAUGUAACAUCCUAAUCUACUCUGAAGACUUACAAUCAGCUGUCCAGGAUAUCUCAAGCCAGCUGAGUCCCUCCUUAAAGUUGUUCAAAUUCACCCAGCGCCCACUAAAUCCUUCAAACCCCAAAGAGUCUUCUGGAGAUGCAGUUCCAGAUCUCACUUCUUUGCUGGAGGCCACUCUUCCUGCGCCAUGGACUCUUGCUAACGCAGAUGGAUUCCGGGGAAAACUCCUAUACAUUUACACAUCUGGCACUACUGGGUUACCCAAAGCUGCUGUCAUUUCAAAUACAAGGUUCGUAUUCAUGGCUACCGGGCUCCACUAUUUGCGUUUAAAGAAGUCUGACCGCAUUUACUGUCCGCUGCCUCUGUACCACACGGCGGGCGGCGUGAUCAGCGUUGGCCAAGCAUUCAUAAUGGGCUGUACCGUGGUGCUCAAGAAUAAAUUCUCCGCCUCGCAAUACUUUCCAGACUGCGCGAAAUAUAAUGCUACGGCAGGUCAUUACAUCGGUGAGAUGUGCCGCUACAUCCUAGCCACACCGCCUUCGCCCAGCGACCGGGCACACAACGUACGCAUCAUCUACGGCAACGGACUUAGACCGCAGAUAUGGGAAGAGUUUUUGAAUCGGUUUAACGUGAAACACGUAAUCGAAUUCUACGGAGCAACGGAAGGGAAUGCUAACAUAGCCAACACUGACGGCACGCCUGGUGCAAUCGGCUUCGUGUCCCGAAUCUUUCCGUCCGUUUACCCUAUCGCGAUCAUCAAAGUUGAUCAGGAUACCGGCGAACCGAUCAGGGAUUCAAGGGGACUUUGCCAGCUAGCAGAACCAGACGAGCCCGGCGUGUUCAUAGGAAAAAUUGCACCGAACAAUCCGUCCAGGGAAUACCUCGGUUACGUCGACAAAACGGCUUCCUCGAAGAAGAUCGUCACGGAUGUAUUCACACAUGGCGACCAGGCGUUUAUAUCUGGUGAUAUUCUGGUGGCGGACGAGUUAGGUUAUUUAUACUUCCGGGACCGCACCGGCGACACUUUCCGAUGGCGCGGCGAGAACGUUAGCACCACGGAGGUCGAGGCUGCCGUCUCCAGAGUCGCUGACCAUAGAGACGCCGUUGUCUAUGGUGUAUUGGUGCCAAAUACCGAAGGGCGGGCGGGUAUGUGCGGCAUUGUAGACGUAGAUGGCACACUAGAUCUAGACGCCUUAUCGAGAUCACUAUCACGUGAUUUGCCAGCGUAUGCGAAACCCAUCUUCGUACGCCUGAUGACUAGCGUCGAUUUGACAGGUACAUUCAAAAUGAAGAAAGUAGACUUGCAAAAGGAAGGCUUUGAUCCGUCGUUGGUGAAAAAUGAUAAACUGUAUUAUUUAGAGGCGAAGACUGGUAAAUAUCUGCCUCUCGGGCCCAAUGAGUAUGAAAUGAUUGUGAGUGGUAAAAUCAGGUUGUAA